UUCUGCCUCUGCAUGGUGAACUGUGGCAUGACUGUUGCUUGAAAAAUAAGCAGCAAUAUCGCCUGAGUUGCAAGACAAAGGAAAGCAUUGAACAACAACAAAGUGUGAUUCUAAGUGACAUGGAAGCCACACGUAAAAAACAGAGGGAAAUAGCUUUGUCACACAAUGAUUUUAUGAGAACAUUCUUGGACUGUUUAACAUCAAGUGAGCAUGCAGAAGAUACAAAAUUCUACAUGCUGCAGUGGCUCAGAGUUUUACUCGAUGAGUUAUCUUCUGACCACCUUGCAAGACUUGAGGAGAAUUACCACUCAACUUGGUCCCAAAUGAGAAAUGUCCCCAAGACUAAGGAGAAAGCAGAAGAAACUGAUACACUCAGAAAACAACUUAAUUCCAUAUCUGAAAAGAUGGCUGCAAGUACAAUUGGAUUACAGCACAUCAUGAGAGAGGUCGGUCAAAUGUAUGAAUGUUCAGUUAAACAGUCUGUUGGUGCUCUCCCUGCAAUAGGAGCUGAAAUGCUAAUUUCAGGAUACCCCCUAGAGCUGAUGGAUGGAGAUGAAUCACAUGUACCUCUUAUUUGGGUACAAGCUGUCCUGAAGAGUCUCAUUGAAAAGCUUGAUGACAAAAAGGUGUAUGUGCUGUCUAUCUUGGGACUCCAAAGCUCAGGUAAAUCAACCUUGCUGAAAACUAUGUUUGGUCUUCAGUUCACUGUAAGUGCAAGGAGGUGUACGCGCGGUGCUUUUAUGCAGAUGAUAAAGGUGGACGAGAAAAUCGGAGAGGAGUUUGGCUUUGAUUUUUUACUGGUUGUUGACACCGAAGGUCUUCGCUCUCCAGAGCUCAGCACUAAAACAUCACUGAAUCAUGAUAAUGAACUUGCCACGUUCAUCAUUGGAAUUGGUGACAUGACUGUCAUCAACAUCAUGGGAGAAAAUCCAUCGGAGAUGCAUGAGAUCCUACAGAUUUGUGUGCAGGCUUUCUUAAGAAUGAAAUGGGUUGAAAUCAAACCAAGCUGCAUAUUUGUGCACCAGAAUGUAGCAGAAGCAUCAGCUGGUGAUAAAAACAUGGAGGGGAGGAGGCGCCUUCAGGAGAAGCUGGAUGAAAUGGCUCAGACUGCAGCAAAGGAGGAGGGCAUUGACGAUGUCUACAGCUUCAGUGAUGUCAUACAGUUUGAUUUGCAAUCUCAAGUGUUUUAUUUUAAAAAUCUCCUGGAGGGGGAUCCACCUAUGGCUCCCCCAAAUCCAUCCUACAGCCAGAAUGUUCAGGACCUGAAAUCUAAGCUGCUUUCAGUGGCAAAGUGGCAGACAGGUUUUCGAUUCCCGUCAUUGUCACAAUUCAGACUGCGAGUUCAUGACCUCUGGAAUGCACUUUUGCAGGAAAAUUUUGUUUUCAGCUUCAGAAAUACAUUGGAAAUUAUGGUGUAUAGCAGCUUGGAAGAGAAGUAUACUCAAUGGUCAUGGAAGUUGAGAAAAUGUUCAUUGGAAACACAGACCAAGUUGGAAAACCAAAUUGGAAGCAACAACAUUUCGGAUGUCAAUACCACAGAUUUGAUUUCUAACUUUGAUGAAGUUUAUGCUACAUUAAAAAUUGAGAUUGAGGAACAUUUCAAAGAAGACAAACAUGCUGAAAUCCUUAUUAAAUGGAAAGGGAAUGUUGAAAACCGACUUGAGAGCCUGAAGAAUGAGCUCAUUGAAGAAACCCAUAAACAAUGUAAAAUGUUAAUGGAAAUUAAGAAAAGUAUGACAGUACUAGAUCAGAAAAAAUCGCAUUAUGAGAAAAACCUGAUGCAAAAACGCAAAACCAUGGCAACUUCACUGAAGGACAAGAGGCUCAGUGACAAGCAAGUGGAGGAAGCAUUCAAUUCAGUCUGGGGUGAGUGGGUAACUGAAAUAGCUAAUGAUCAGCUGCCUGAUGAGCCAGUCAACAUAAAGUCUAUAGUGGAGGCGAUUCUAUUCUCUCGCUUUCAAAAACAGGCAGACCUCAGGAACAAGAUUAAAAAGGUAAAUGAAAAUGGAACAUUUGAAUUUACAAAGACAAAACAUAUCAGCCGAUCAAAACUAGCAGCUUUAGCAGAAUGGCCUAAAGAAAUACAGGGAAAGGGGAUUCCCCCGGAGUUUGCUGAAAAACUCCACCAAAAUGUGAAUCACAUGGUUGAUGAAUACAUUAGGAAAAAAGAAUUGGAAAAGACAGAUUUCAAUCAAAAUUUCAUAUUUGAAAUACUAGAUGAGGUUGAAAGGCAUAUUCGUGAUUAUGAGCAGAGAGAAAAUGUGAAAUUCACAUAUGAAUACACAGUUGACUUGUCAGUUCUUGUUUGUCUCGGUUCUGUCCAGAGGUUUCAAUACAUGCACGAGUCAUUCAAGAAAGCUAACAACCCAGUAACCUACCUGCAAAGUAAAAAGGAACAGUACUCUGAAAUGUUCAAACAGUACUGCAAAGGAGCUAAUUCUGUGAGAAUUUUUGCUGAAUUUUUAUUCAAAAACAUUUUGCCUGCAGUUGAAGAAGCAAUUUACAAUCAAAUUAAGUUGCUCAUCAUAAAUAUUAUGAAAUGCAACAACCCAGCACUCAGUGGCAACAGAUGCAACCUUGAAAAUCAUAUACUGAGACAUCUUGCAAUUCAAGAGGAAUUUAAGUCAUAUACAGAAUACAUUGAUAACCCAAAGUUGUAUUUUCAAAGUUUUAUUGGUGAACAUGUGGAAACAUUUUGCAAAGACUACAGAAAACUGCAGGACAUGUUUCAUGGAAAUCUAGAAGAAAUUAAAUUUCGCAUUUUACGUAUCUGCACAGAGGUAUCUGAGGAAGUGAACCUGAAGAAUGGCAAUGCAUCCAUGUGGCUCGAUCAUUUCUGUACAAAACUUGGAGACCACAUGGUCAUAAACAGGCAGAGUCUGACAAGCAUUCAGGAUGAAGACAUUAGAAACACAAAGUUUCUGAAAGACAUGAUGGCCAAGUAUCUUGAAGAGGUGGUUAAAAGUGAAAAUAUGGAAAAGGUUGAUACAUCUUCUCAGCAUUUAUGCCUCUUAAAGGAGAAAAUAACAGAGAUUCUUUUUAAACAGCUGGAAGGAUGUUGGGCUCAGUGCCCUUUCUGCAAUGCCAUCUGCACAAACACAAUGAGUAACCAUACUGAUGACCACAGGGUUCAGUUUCACCGGUCCAGUGCUAUAGGUAAAGUUCCUUACCAUAAAACAGAUGAAUUUACAAUUGAUUUCUGCACAACCAAUGUAAGCAGUGAUGGUUCAUUCAUAAUCCUUCCAUAUAAAAAACGGAUCCCCUAUAAGUCCUACAGAGAUGGUGGUGACCCUUAUGAUAAGUGGAGCAUCACCGCAGAUGGGAGCACACAGGGUUACUGGAAAUGGUUUGUUUGCAGGUUUCAGAAGGAGUGGGAGCAUAGAUGUGAACUAAAAUUUAAAGGCAAAGGUGUGAUUCCUGACAGCUGGAGAAAAAUCACAAAGGAAUCAGUGCUGGAGGAAUUAAACAUAAGAGACUAAAACUACUGCAAUGAUGCAUAUGCAAAGGAAAUCUCACAAGGAAACGUGUAGUGUUUUAGUUAUAGACAUUGUGUACCUGUACAUGUGCAAAUGGAAAAUAAAAGAUUUAUAAUUAUCAUUUAUCAUGGGGUAAAAAAGUAUAAACAUUUAAUCUUUAAUCAAAGUCCCCGGUGUUGUAGAGGUUAUGGUUCCGCGGUUCUGUUCGAAUUUUAUCAUCAUUAUUUUUUUCUUAUUCUAAUUUUCUUUAUUUUUCAUGUUUUAAAAUGUUUGUAAAGCACUUUGUAAACCCUAUGGUUAAAACAUUGCUAUAUAAAUGAAGGUUAAUUGAAAAUGCACAGCCUAUGGAUGUUAGCAAAGCAUGUAUUAGCUUUCUUUGAUUUAGUGUUAAUUCUUGAAAUUAAGUUCUGAUUAAAAAAAAAAGAUAAAUAUCUUUAGAUCUUAAUUAUCAUUAAAUACCUGAAUGUAGCUACUAGUGGAAAGAAAAUGAUUUAUACAACUUAGAUUCUGUUUUAUAUUAGUUAUUAUUCCAAACACAAACAUUCUAAUUAUUGGUCUCAUUUGCCUGGUUUGGUCUCUGAUCUUUAAUAUGUAGUGACAUAUAUUACUGUGUAAACUGCUUGAUAUUAUAUGUGCUCCUACCUUGCUUGUGUGUAAUAUCUGUAUUUGCAGUGAAAUAUACAGUAGAACCUUGGAACUCAAACGCCUCUCAACUCAACCAACUCGGACAUCAAAUGGUUUGGACAAAUUUUUUUCGACUUGUACCACAACCGAAAUCUUGGAACUGGACUGUUUCUGCUAAAAUUUGUAUGAGCAAUUUGAACCGUGAAUUGGUCGGUCAAGAAAAACCAAGUCGCAUGUCGACCGAAAACUCGGAACACAACAAAACGAAACAGACCCGCUAAAACUUGUAUGAAUCGAGACGCAUCUCUGAUGGGCUAAAUAAAGGCAGACGGACCUACUGGGAUGCUGAUUCCUGUGAAUCUCAGUCUCGUCAUUCCUCUCGGCCGAGUUUGACGUGCGAAAGCUGUGCUGCUGUGUUCAGUGUGAUUAUUUUGUGAUUUAUCUACAGUACAUUUAGUGAUACAGUAAUCAUGGCCCCUAACAAAAUGACAAGUGAUAGCAGCAAACGAAAGAGG